CGCGAGUGCGCAUGUGCCGGCAGACCACCGUGGCAACAUGGCGCUGCGCACAGCCGGGAGUUUUCAAGCCGCUUGGUUCCUGCUGGUGGCGGCGGCGGCGCUGUUACCCCUGUGCCUCCGGGCAGCAAAGGUAUCUCCGCUGAUUGAGAAAAUUGAUGACCAAAAAGAGCUGAAGAAAUUGACACGGACAAGAAACAAUGUGUUGAUCCUGUUCUCCAAAUCAGGUGCCGCAGCUGAGCGACCACUUAAACUGCUCUCUGACGUGGCGGAAGCAGUGAAAGGGCAGGGCACCAUUGCCUGGGUAGACUGUGGAAACAGCGAUUCCAGGAAGUUAUGCAAGAAGGUGAAGGUGGAUCCGGCUUCAAAGAAAAAUGGCGUAGAAAUGUUGCAUUACAAGGAUGGCGGAUUCCAUGUUGAGUACGGGAGGCCUGAAACUUUCAAGUCAAUGGUGGCGUUCAUGAAGGAUCCUGACGGAGCUCCCCUGUGGGAAGAGAAGCCCGAGGCGAAGGAUGUGGUUCACAUUGACAGUGAGAAGGAAUUCAGGAAAUUAACAAAGAAGGAAGAGCGGCCAAUGCUCAUGAUGUUCUAUGCUCCAUGGUGUGGGGUGUGCAAGCGGAUGAUGCCAGCCUUUGAGCAAGCUGCCACACAGAUGAAGGGUGCCCAUGUAAUGGUCGGAAUGAAUGUCCACCCUUCCGAAUUUGAUGAACUCAAACAGGAGUUUAACGUUAAAGGAUACCCAACUUUCUGUUACUUUGAGAAGGGGAAGUUCCUAUUUAAUUUUGAAAACUACGGAGCCACAGCCCAAGAUUUUGUCGAAUGGAUGGAAACCCCCCAGGCUCCACAACCAAAGGCCUCUGAGGUUUCGUGGGCAGAGCAAGACUCCGCGGUGUACCAUUUGACAGACGAUGGCUUCGAUGAGUUCCUGGGAGAACAUUCAUCAGCACUUGUCAUGUUUUACGCACCCUGGUGUGGACAUUGUAAGAAGAUGAAGCCAGACUAUGAAGAAGCUGCUGAACUGCUAAAUAGUGACAGUAAUAGCCCAGGUGUGUUGGCGGCAGUGGAUGUAACAACUCACAAGAACGUGGGGGAAAGGUAUCAAAUCACUGGAUUCCCAACACUCAAGUACUUUGAAAAUACAGAAGAUAAGUGGACACUGCCCCAUCUGCGGACCAAAGACAAAAUCAUCGAGUGGCUCCACAAUCCUCAAGCUCCUCCACCGCCCGAACAGUCCUGGGAUGAACAGCAGACCAGUGUCGCCCAUCUUGGUGUGGAAGAUUUUAAAGAAUUCCUCAAGAAAAAGAAGCAAGCUUUGGUCAUGUUCUACGCCCCUUGGUGUCCUCACUGUAAGAACACCAUCCCGCAUUUCACAACAGCUGCCGACCACUUUAAAGAGGAACGCAAGGUUGCCUUUGCUGCAGUGGACUGCACGAAGGGAGGGAACCAUGAGCUGUGCAAGCUGGAGGCCGUGGAGGGCUAUCCCAUGAUCAGUUACUACAACUACGGCAAGUUCACCGAGAGAUACAGCGAGGAACGAUCGGAGGAAGGCUUCAUCGGUUACGUCCGGCGAAUGAAGGGGCAGGACCACGAGAGGACUGUGAAGACCAGGGAAGAGUUGUAACCCUCCUGCCCACGCCAGCUACCGCACCGUGGCACAGCCCCGUCUCCAUCACUACCCGUACUGAAACGUCACACUUCCCGAGGGCCAAGGGUUUUAUAAAUAAUGAAGAGUAAGCAAUUUAUCCAAAAAAAGUGAUCAUGGUGGAUCACCUGCGGUUCUUUUGUUUUUGUUAAAAAAAAAGGGGCAGCGCGGUGUUAUGGGAAAAGGAUAGUUAGAAAACGAGUGUCAUAUUGUGUCCAAAUACAACGUUUGUGUCUAGUGACCGACUGGUGUGAGUGUGCCCUGUGCCAACAUCACCAACGCCAGACUUCUCGCCCCCGCUCUCUGCCACAUCCUAGCUAGAGGACACUUUUUUCAGAAGAUAUUGGGUCAAUGAAUGCGGGAGAAAGCCAUUCCUUCAAACAGUUUGAAGAUGCUCGAGUGCAAGAUGCUCAAGUAGGCUAAGAUAUUCAUCUGCUUUAUUAAACUCAGCUAGGAUGGGCCUUUCCUUGGACACCAACAGAGGGGCAUCAACAGCUGGACUGCACCAGUCGAUGCCUACCAUCAGUUGUUCUAUGCAAGUGUUUUUGUAGCUGUGGGUUUUUCUACACAAGGUCCAUACAUUCGGGUGAGGUUGCAUAAGGCCGCGGGGUUUUUUUUCAACUUUUGGGUGGGGGGUGGUUUGGGAGGGGUUUGCAAUCGGUUACAAGUUUUAAUCAAACUGCUCAGGGACGACACAAGACAGGUCCAGAUGCGGCGCGUUCGAUGGGAUUACGUUUGAGCUUCGUGAUUACCUGUGGCGUUGGGUUCUCUUUAAUUCCAAAUUAAACAAAAAAUGGAGAAAGUUAUGAGUACGAUUUCAGCCUUUGGGUACCGGUCCAUUAAUGACCAAAUAUUUUUGGAUUGCAUGCUGACAAAUGGAAAAUUUAACCAAUCAAAGAAUUCUAAUAAAGUGCGAUUUUUGUGUUUUAUUUA